UGGAACAAUUGAAAUUGAAUGCGUGUUUGUUUGGACUGCUUUCAGUUUUAAGCGUGAAAAACCGUUCAUUGUUUCCGUCCUAUGACGAUAAGAUAAUUUUAACAUGGUGACAGCUGUUCAGCCAAUGUUUGGUCUGUUAAAAAGACUCCAUUUACAUCCAAUGGAAAGUGCUUUAAACGAGUUAACUCCACAAACUUCACUGAUAGAGUCAAUAAAAUUUAGAGCACAUCCAUUCUGGUUUCGUAAAACAAAAUCAGAAGAAAUACAUCGGGAUCAUAAUUAUGCAGGACAAAAAAGACAAUCAGCUUAUCUAUCUAACACACACUUAACAGCUACUAAACGAUCUCGUCGUGCCGCUAGACUAUCAGAUAAAAACUCUAAUCUUAUUGAUAUAAGCGCCAAGAAUGAUUGUUGUUACCAUAAUCCAAGUGUUUUACGCUAUUCCCCUGUCAAUUCUGGUGUAAGUUCGUCGAACUUGCAGCUCUUUUCAUCUCCUACAUCUAUUAGCCCUCCUAACUUUCCUACAUCAACAGCAGCAGCAGCAGGUGUUAUCGCACAUACUCGACGUGGUUUGCUUUCACCUGGAACACCGGUUUCAUCGCAAUCAACUGGUCAAUAUCGAUCACAGAUUACUCCUGUAGCUCGAGCUAAUCUCGUCGAGAAUCAAACCUGUCUGAUCCUGGGUAGAAAUGACCUAGUCCCUGACGAAAAUCGUCUGGUGGAUAUUAAAGAAGAGUCAAUCACUACGACACCAUGUUAUGCAAAAGACACUUCUUAUCUAAGCAAGGUAACAAGUUAUCUUAGUGGACAAAAUCCUCAAGAUGUAAGAACUCCAACUCGUCCACGUACUACUCGUAAAGCAUCGCCUGUAAGUUUACUCUGUAGACGUUGUGAUAACUGUGACAAUGAAAAGUUGAGCGUGAAACUGAAGAAUAAAGAAAAGACUGUCGUUGAAUUCAAAGAACCACCAAAACGACGAAAAUCUGUUGAUCAGCUUAAAGAACCAUCAAUUCAUGGAUUACCUGAUCCUGAGAUUUCUACUAAACCGCGUAAUCGAAGACCAACUCAAUUUUUACAAUUAAAUGUUUCCACGAUUGAAACUUCAUGCGAUGAACAAAAAUCGACAUAUUUAACUUCUCAAUCAUAUUAUUAUACACCAGAUUUUACGGUUCGUCGUUCUCGAGGAUCAGAGAGUGGACAAUUUCCUGAGAAGACAGAAUUAAAAGAAACACAAAGAGUUCAAAAACCAGAUGAUUUUAUUGAAGUUCCAAGUUGGCGUGUCAUACCAAUCCCGGUGAUUGAAAGUGCAAUAGAUUGUUCUUGUGAAUCAAGACAACAUUCUUUGAAAUCCACUCCUAGAAAACCACAAUCUACGGCGAAUAAGUUAACCGAUUCCGAUAUUGUUAAAUCUCAUAAUCUUCGACCUCUUCAACGAUCCAAUCAAUUAACAUCAUCAUCAGCAGCAACAACAACAACAAGUACCAAUCGUUCUGGAUCUUCUUCCUCUUCCUCACAGAUUCAGAAAUCUCGUUCACAAACAGAACACAGUAAAUCAAUGGAUGCCUUAGAUGAAGACAUAUCAGAUGCAGCUUAUCUUGCUCGUCAUUCACGCUUGGAGGUGGAAGAAGCGCGUCGUGAACGUUUAUCCCGUCAGCGGACAGCAGAACAAGAACUUAAACAACGUUUAGAGGAAAGAGAACAAGCUAGUUGGCACAAAAGACAAUCAGGUCGUUUAGAUCCAUUGUUGAAGUUUAAUCCAGCUAGUCGAAUGCCAACUCAGUUGAGUUAUACAUUCAAGCAAGGUCAUCAAUUCCAUCUGGACAAUUCCAUCCCAGUGGUAAUAUUCGGUUGUCGUGUACCGUCAGCAUCAUUAAAACCCUUCACAAAGUCGAGUAUUCCUUGAAUUCAUGUGAUGUGUUGUACUACGGGAGAAAGAUAAUGUGUGAAAACAAACAAACAAUUCAUGCCAUGCAAUAUCCUGUUUGCAAUGUUUUUAUUUGUGUAUGUCUGUGUACAGUUCUGUAUCGUUUGUUUUUUGUUGUUGU